AUGUCUUACCGUUAUGUCUAUCCAAAUGGAGCACCAGCCGUAGGUGCAGCUCCAAUGUCUGGUUAUAAUGUUGAUUCAGCAUUAAUGUCUGCUGGUUACCCAAAUGGUACUUCUACAAAUAUGUACGACGAUCGUAGACGACGAUCAUAUUCACCAGGGUCUUUCUCGUCUGAUAGUGAAAGUAGUGAUGAUUAUGAAUAUCGUGGACGAAUGAUCACACGUGAAUCGCGAUGUCCACGUGAUAUAGUUCGUGCACCAACUCCGCCUCCUAUUAUUAAACGAGUUGUUGAACGAGCUCCAACACCUGAAGCACCUAUCAUGGAACGAGUUAUUAUUCGACCACAAGCUCAGGAAAUUGUUGAACGUGUCAUUGAACAACCACGUACACCACCACCACGUAUCAUUCAAAAAGAAAUGCAAGAAGAAGCUCCACCACCAAUUGUUCGAACGCGAGUUAUCAAAGUCGAUCGUCCACAUCGUAGUGGCUAUAGCCAACCAGGUUCACCCUAUACUCAUCAAUAUACUGGAUUACCUUCAUGCUCGAAUGGUGUUUUAGGCAGUAGUAAUCAUUAUCGAACGCAUUCAAUUCUAGGUUCUGUAGGGCGACCUGCUGCAUUUAAUGAUGGAUUUGAACCUAAUCCGAGUUUUUCAUCGGCAUCAAGUUAUGAAUAUGCUCCACCACCACAAAUGGCACCAGCAGCUCCUCAAACAACAAUGAUGAUGAUGCCACAAGUACAACCGAUGGGUGUAAUGCACCAUCAACAACAACAGCAGCAACAGCAGCAAAUGCAAAUGCAACCAAUAGGCGUCAUGCAACAACAACAAAUGCAACCCAUUGGUGUAAUGCAUCAACAUCCAAUGCAUCAACAACCUAUGCAACAACAAGUUAUGUAUCGACCAGUUCAAAUGCAAUCGUCCAUGCAACAUCCAUCAAUGCCACAAUUAGGAUCGAAUUAUUUCCCUCAAAAUAUGAUGUAUCCAGCACAUCAAGGAAUGUCAUUAGGUUAUCGUCCGAUGAUGCAACAAGGUAGAAUGAUUCCGAAUGGUAUGUCUAUGAUGACUACUGGUAAUACAUUUGUUCCACAAGCAGGUCAGUUUCCAAGUCAACCACCAAUGUUUAAUCCAAUGGCUCAACAACUUGCCUUUUAA